UUGUCGACCGGCCGCCAUCUUUCGAAAACGGUUAUUUUUUUCAUCGUGUUAUUUUGUUGUGUGUACCGUCUUGUCCAAUUUGGUACACUUUUAAAAAUUGUUAUUAUAAUAUAUGUGAUUUAGAGUUUUUAUUGUUAUUUUCUCAUAUAAAUAUUUUGACAACGACAGCUAGCCGCUGUCUAUCAGCAUUGUUUACGUCGGUAAUGAACUACUGUAAAUGAUCUUCGUGUAAAAACUCAAUAAUAACAAAUAUUAACAGGUAAAUAAUUCAAAACUGUUGUAAUAGUUGCUCAAUUUUGUGACUUUAACUUCGAGUUGCAUGUUAUUCAGCCGGUUCCUGAGAUCAAUUUCAAUUGUUGGUGUUGGUAAAGUUCUCAAUUUAUCUAAAAAAGAAAACUUUACUUCAGUCUCCAAAAUGGCGACUAUGGAAAAUGGAGCUGUUGAAGCUCCCACUAACAAAUCAAAGAAAACAGCAGUUGAAGAAAUUUAUCAAAAAAAAUCACAGCUUGAACACAUAUUACUGCGACCUGAUACUUAUAUUGGUUCUGUCGAACCCGUAACAGAAAAUAUGUGGGUAUAUGAUACUGAAGAAAAUUCAAUGGUUCAAAGAGAAAUAACUUAUGUACCAGGAUUGUACAAGAUCUUUGAUGAAAUUUUGGUAAAUGCUGCUGAUAAUAAACAACGUGAUCCGACCAUGGAUACCAUAAAAGUUGAUAUCAAUAAAGAAGACAAUAUCAUAUCUGUUUGGAAUAAUGGACAAGGUAUUCCUGUAGUAGAACAUAAAGAUGAAAAAAUGUACGUACCUACUAUGAUAUUCGGACAUUUAUUGACAAGCUCUAACUAUAAUGAUGAAGAAGCUAAAGUAACAGGUGGUAGAAAUGGUUUUGGUGCAAAACUUUGUAAUAUAUUCAGUAACAAAUUUACUGUAGAAACUGCUAGUCGAGAAUACCAUAAAGCUUUUAAACAAACUUGGGCUAAUAAUAUGGCAAAAUCAUCUGAUCCUAGUAUUAAAGAAGUAAAAACUAAUGAUUUUACCAAAGUGACAUUUAGUCCUGAUUUAGAAAAAUUUAAAAUGACUUGUCUUGAUAAAGAUAUUGUUGACCUGAUGUCAAGACGUGCUUAUGAUGUAGCUGCUUCUACUCGUGGUGUCAAAGUAUACUUAAAUGGGAAAUUGUUGCCUGUUAAAAGUUUCCAAGAUUAUGUUAAUUUAUAUAUAAAAGGAAAAGAAGAUGAAAUAGGAAAUCCUUUGAAAGUAGUGUAUGAAAAUGCAGGAGCUCGUUGGGAAGUUGCUGUUACACUAUCGGAUACUGGUUUUAAACAAGUUUCUUUUGUCAACAGUAUUGCCACAACUAAAGGGGGACGACAUGUAGAUUACAUAACUGAUAUGAUUGUAAAACAGCUAAUAGAUAUUGUUAAGAAACGUAAUAAAGGUGGUAUGGAUUUAAAAAACCACCAAGUCAAAAAUCAUCUAUGGGUAUUUGUAAAUUGUCUUAUUGUAAACCCAACAUUUGAUUCACAAACAAAAGAACACAUGACUUUGCAAGUUAAAAGUUUUGGAUCGAAAUGCUCACUGAGUGAAAAGUUUGUAACUGGUGUAUCUAAAUGUGGUGUUGUUGAAGCAGUUCUUAGUUGGGCCAAGUUUAAAGCCCAAACACAACUCCAAAAACAAAGUGGGAAAAAACAGAGUAAACUUAAAGGUGUUCCAAAAUUGGAAGAUGCAAAUGAUGCUGGAACCAAAAAUUCGAUUGAUUGUACGCUUAUUUUAACUGAAGGAGAUUCAGCUAAGUCAUUAGCUGUAUCUGGAUUGGGUGUUGUUGGUCGUGACAAAUAUGGUGUGUUUCCACUUAGGGGUAAACUUUUAAAUGUGCGAGAAGCCUCUCACAAACAGAUAAUGGAAAAUGCAGAAAUAAAUAAUAUUGUAAAAAUUGUGGGGUUGCAAUACAAGAAAAAGUAUGAAACAAUGGAAGAUUUAAAAACUUUAAGAUAUGGUAGAUUAAUGAUAAUGACUGAUCAAGAUCAGGAUGGUUCUCAUAUUAAAGGGUUAAUCAUAAAUUUUAUUCAUCACAACUGGCCAUCAUUAUUAAAAUUACCCUUUUUAGAAGAAUUUAUUACUCCUAUUGUAAAAGCAACCAAAGGUAAAGAGGAAUUAUCUUUUUAUUCUCUACCAGAAUUUGAAGAAUGGAAAGAAGCUACGAGAAAUUGGAAUAAGUAUAAAAUCAAGUACUACAAAGGUUUGGGUACCUCUACGUCUAAAGAGGCUAAAGAAUAUUUCCAAAAUAUGAGGAGACACAGGAUUUUGUUCAAAUAUGAAGGUACCCAUGAUGAUGAACACAUUGAAAUGGCAUUUAGUAAAAAAAUGGUAGAUGCUCGUAAAGAAUGGCUAACAAACUGGAUGGUUGAAAGUAAAAGGCGUAAAGAAGCUGGACUGGCUGAGGAAUAUUUGUAUGAAAAAAAUACCAGAGCUGUUACUUACAAAGAUUUUGUAAAUAAAGAAUUAGUAUUGUUCAGUAAUAUGGAUAAUGAACGAUCAAUUGCAUCAGUUGUUGAUGGUUUAAAACCUGGUUCUAGAAAAGUCUUGUUUACAUGUCUUAAAAGAAAUGACAAACGAGAAAUUAAGGUUGCUCAGUUAGCUGGUUCAGUUGCUGAACACUCAGCAUACCAUCAUGGUGAAACAUCAUUGAUGUCUACAAUUGUUAAUCUAGCCCAAAAUUAUGUAGGUAGUAACAAUAUUAAUUUGCUUCAACCCAUUGGUCAGUUUGGUACUAGGCUUCAAGGUGGUAAAGAUGCAGCUAGUCCUAGAUAUAUCUUCACUAUGUUGAGUCCAUUGACACGGUUGAUAUUUCAUCCGCAUGAUGAUCCUUUAUUAACAUAUCUUCGAGAUGAUAAUCAAAAAAUUGAACCUGUAUGGUAUAUGCCUAUCAUACCAAUGGUUUUAAUCAAUGGAGCUGAAGGUAUUGGUACUGGAUGGAUGACAAAAAUUCCAAAUCACAAUCCAAGAGAAGUAGUUGAAAAUCUAAGGCGAAUGAUCAGAGGAGAAGAACCAUUACCAAUGAAACCAUGGUACAAAAAUUUCAUAGGUCAUAUUGAAAAACUAUCUGAUCAUAAAUUCAUUAGUAGUGGUGAAGUGGGUAUUAUUAGAGACAACAAAGUUGAAAUAACUGAGUUACCUGUGGGUGUAUGGACUCAAAAUUAUAAGGAAAGUGUUUUGGAAACUAUGCUAGCUGAUAGUGAAAAAUCCCCUGCAGUUAUUACUGACUAUAAAGAGUACAACACUGAUACCACUAUCAAGUUUGUUGUCUCUAUGAACCCACAAAAACUCCAAAAAGCUGAAAAUGAAGGAAUCCACAAAUUUUUCAAGUUACAUUCUUCCCUCAGUUUAACUUCAAUGUGCGCUUUCGACAAAGAUUGUGUUUUAAAAAAAUAUGACAGUAGCUUACAAAUUAUGCAUGAAUUUUAUAGUGUUAGAUUAGAGUUUUAUGGAAAAAGAAAAGCUUAUUUGGAAGGUAUGUUAGGUGCAGAGGCAGCCAAACUAACCAAUCAAGCUCGAUUCAUUGUAGAAAAAUGUGAUGGUGAUUUGAGGAUUGAAAAUCGGAAAAAAAGUGAAAUGGUAAAGGAAUUAGUUAGAAGGGGUUAUAAUAGUGACCCAGUAAAAGCCUGGAAAUUGAUUCAAGAUCGAGAGUCAGUAUUGGAGGAUGAAGCUGCUCAAGCUGCUGAAGAAACUGAAGAAGAUGAAUCAAUACCAUCAGUUAGCAAUGCAUCUACAAAAGACGAUGACUUGGACUUUGAUUAUUUACUUGGUAUGUCAUUCUGGCAUCUAACAUUGGAGAAAAAGAAUGAACUUCUAAGGAAAAAAGAAGAAAAAUGUACUGAAUUAGAUAUCUUAAAGAAAAAAACACCUUCUGACCUCUGGACUGAAGAUUUAGAUGCUUUUCUUGAAAAAUUGGAAGAAGUUGAAGAAAAAGAAAGACAAGAGGAAGCAGGUGAAGGAAAAUUUAAAACUGGACCAAAAAGCUCUAAAUUACCAGCUGUAGGAAAGAAAAAAUUACUUUUAGCUGCUGAUUCUUUACCUUCACCAGCUGCUAGACGAAUCAUUCCUAAAAUUGAUGCUGAAAUGUUGAAAAAGGAAGAAAAAUUAAUAGCUGCUAAAGAAAAUAAGGGAAAACGUGCUGAAAAAAAGAAAAAAGGUGAAGAAAUUGGAGAAGAUGGUGAAGUAAUUAAAAAAGAGAAGAAGGAGCCAAAAGAAAAGAAAGAAAAAGUACCUAGAAAAAAAACUGAUGGUUUAAAACAAACAAAACUUAAAUUUAGCAAAAAAGAUUCUGGUGAUGAAGAUGAUAAUGGAAACUUAUCUGAUUCUCCGCCUCCACCCCCAAGAACUGUGUCUAAACGACAAGCAGCUGCAAAUGUAUCUUUCAAAUUUGAUGAUCAAAGUGGUGAUGAAGAUGAUCCAGGAAAUAAGUCAGAUCAUAGUGCUAAUAGUUUCAAAACUUCUCCUAUGCGAGAUGUAUUUUCGGAUGAAUUAAUGUCAGACGAUGAUGAUUUUAUUCCAAAAAAGAAAAAGGAAUCUCCUAAAAAGGCUCCUAAAAAAGAACCAGCCCCUAAAAAAGCAUCUACUAAAAAGAAUGGUCCUGGUAUUACAACAAGCAGCCCUAAUUCUAAACCACCUACUAAAAAAGCACCAGCUAAAAAACAACCUGCUAUUGAAAUUAGUGAUGAUGACAGUGAUAUACCUGUAUCUAAGCCAGAAAAAAAACCAAGAGCAGCUGCAUCAAAGCCCAAGCGUAAAUAUAGUUCUUCAGAUGAUUCAGAUGAUAUAUUCAAAUCUCCAAAUAAUAGUAAUAAUAAACCUCAAAAGUCUUUUGACGAUCUUUUUGGGGAAUCCAAUCUCAAAAAACAAGCCUCUGAUGACGAUGAUGACUUUAUUAUGUCUAAUGAAUCGGAUGACGAAUUCGUUCCUAAAUCUAAAACAGCGAAAAAGAAAGCUCCAGCAAAAACUACUACCAAAAAACCACCUGCCAAAAAAGUUAAAGCUAAAUCUUCAUUUCAUUCAGACUCUGAUUAAAUAAUAACAUUUAUGUAAAGUUAGUGUUUAAUCUUACUAAGAAAUAAGAUUUAUUUUAUUUAAUGAUAAGACAUUAUUUAAUAAUUUUUUUUUUCUUAUAAGCCUUAUUAUUUUAAAAUAUUCUUAUGGAAUAAGUUAAUAAAUAAUGUUCAGGCGGUAGUGGUUUUCUAUACCUAUUUCAUUUUUUUUUUAAAUUUGUACAAUUUUUUUAAUGUUAGUUAUGUUUGAUGUUUUUUAACAAAAUACCCAUGUAAUUUAUAUUGAGUAAAUUAUGAAUAUUAUGUUUUAUAUCA